GGGCUUUGGGACCCACAUCUCUGCUUAUAUUUCUGUGGGUAGAUUGCUACUUUGAUCAACCACUAUGAGGCCAAAUGUGGGGCAGUUACAACCGUUGGAUUAAUGUUUGGUGUAUGAUGAUACUUAGCUGACUACACGUUGCUUUUGCCUCUUUUUAUCCUUGUUUUCAUGCAUGGAUUUCUCCUUCUUCCUCUAAAUAUAGUCUGUUAUGUUCUGUUCAUCUCUCUUGUGUUUCUAGAGAGAGAAAGUAAUAAUAUUCUAGAGAGAGAAAGAGGGUGUGGUGUGGUUGCUCAUCCUCAUUAUUAGCAACAAAGGUAACCGACCCAUCAUUCAAUUUUGCAUCUUUUUUGCUUCAUUUCUUUACUACUACUCCAGUAUUAGCUUCAAUUCAGUUCUUGACUUCUCUUUUAGCAUAAUUGGAUCUUGUUCUGAGAUGGGUUUCUCAAGACUGUUUGUAAAGUUGUGUUCUUGAUGAAGAAUGAAUGCAAUCUGAAAUGGGUUUUUCAAGAUUGUUUGUAAAGUUGUGUUCUUGAUAAAGAUUGAAUGCAAUCUGAGAUGGGUUGUUGGUAUUGUGUGUAACCCAUUAAUGAUUUGAGCAUUUGUUGUUGUUUCUUGAUCUGGGUGUUCAUAAUUCUCAACUUUUAUGUUUAAAGUUUGGUUCUUGAUGAAGAUUUGAGGUUCUGAUCUUGUUUCUUGAUAUGGGUGUUCUGUUUCUUGAAGAAAUUGAUCAUCAUACUCUGUUUUUGGAUUGAUUUAGCUUUUGUUUUGAUCUGAUCUGGAUUUUGACCUUUUUUUUUGUUAAAAAUGUCGAAUUCGGAUCGAAAUUCAGUUGAAAAAGGUGAUCAAGAACUGAUGAAACAUGUGUGCAAGUUGUGCAAUAAGGGCUUCCCAUGUGGUAGAUCUUUGGGAGGUCACAUGAGGUCUCACGUGAUCAACUCAACUGACCAGCAUCAUGUUAAUCAUCAGAAGAAGAAGAAGAUGAAGCUUUCAUCUGUCAACAACACAGAAGUAAUCAAUGGGUCUUCGAAUUCGAAUGAUUUGGGUUAUGAGCUUAGAAAAGAUCCGAAAAAGACUCGAAAAGCAGUCAUCAAUGGCGAUUUGAAUUCGAAUUCAGAUGAGUUUGUUGUUCUUGAUAAACUUUGUAAAGAAUGUGGGAAAGGUUUUCAGUCUUGGAAGGCUUUAUUUGGACACAUGAAAUGCCACUCUGAUAAAGUGUCCAAAACCGCGAUUUUAGAUCAAGAUUCUGAGAAUUCGGGUGUGAAUGUUGGUCGAAUGAAGAAAUCGAAACCAAGAUCAAGAAAUGUGACCACUACAGGUUCAUCUUCAGACUCCAUGAAUGCUAAUCAUGCUUCAACAAGUGUUGUUUCGGAUAUCGAUGAUGGUCAAGAAGCCGAGAUUGCAAUGUGUUUGAUGAUGUUGUCUAGAGAUGUGGGGAAAUGGGGUGAAAAGGUAAUCGAAACCGGUUGUAAGAUGAAGAAGUUAGCAGCAACCGAGUCGGGUUUCGAUGGAUUUAAGAAACCGACGAUGAAUCUAGACGAGUUUGAUGAUCCAAUCAAGAGAAAUUUUGGGUGUACUACUUGCAACAAGAGUUUCCACUCUUAUCAAGCACUUGGGGGGCAUAAAGCAAGUCACAAGAAGCUAAAGGGGUGUUUUGAGUCGAAAACCGACGAUAACGACAUGAUCAAAGGCGAACCCGUGUUAGAUAAUGAUCAUAUGACCAAUGGGUAUUGUGAAAAAACAUCUGAAAAUCAUCAAUCAUCAUCAAGUUUCAAUCUUGGUGAUUCUUUAAAGAACACAAUGGUGGUAGGAUCACAUGAGUGUUCAAUUUGUCUAAAAGUUUUCUCAUCUGGUCAGGCUUUGGGAGGUCACAAGAGAUCACAUUUGAUUGCUGAGGCUAAACUGAAUCAACAAAACCCGAAUUUGGGUGUGAAAUUUGAUAAACCGGUUCAAGAAAUCCGAGGUUCUUUUGAUCUGAACAUGCUUCCUGAUGAAGAAGAACAAGAGGCAAUGAUGAUGAACACAAGUUCCACAGGGACAGGGUACACUCCAUGGUGCUACAACCAUGAAUCAACACUACUUGGAUUGCUCUCAACAAGCUAAGACUUUAAAUAUCUUUUCGAGUGAUGGGUUAAUCUUAGUUGUAUUAAUGCACCGGAUCUUAUCAGAACUUUACUGAAUUCAUUGAUUCUUUCUGAUUUUGAUGUAAUUUGUGGUUUGACAAACAUUUGUAGGUAGACAACAAAACAUACUAUGUGAUAGUUUUACAUUUUGGUGAAAUACAUUGUUUUCUUGAUUCAUGAACAA